AUGUCGUCAGGGCAGUAUGUGUCGGCCGUAUUUGGCCCUGCAAAGCGCAGAGCUGGCUCCCAGAAAGAUGAAGAGUCCAGCUUGCCGAUGAGUGCUGGGAGAGCCAAAGCCUGUACCGCCUGCAGGCAAGUCAAGAAAGAGCUGAUGGAUGCUCUUAGCAAGCUUGAGGAAGUCACCUCUGAAUUGACUAGCCUGAAGGAGGCCUUCAAAUCCCAAUCGACUCCACGAAAUCCCAACCCCAACCAAGUUGGUGGGAGUUUUCCAAAUUCGCAUUCACCAGAAGCAGGCCUGUUGGGCUUGGAAGCCACACGACCAACUUCCGUCGAGGUUCAGGUACCCUCUUUCUUCGGAAUCGAGAUCUUUGAGCAGAGCGCGUUUGAGAUAGGCGAACAAUUUCUGGGAGACAUCCGUCUGAGUGGAAUGGCUAUUGUCCAAUUAUUUGAGCAGUACUAG